GAAUUUAUUACUCUUGUAAAAGUAUCACUGUAACCUGGAAGGGAGAAGGAGAAAUACUGAAAGAAACCCAUGCUUUCAGCUAGAAAAUCUUUCAUAUUGUUGCAGGUGAGGAAUGAAGUGGAGAAGAAAGAUGUUUAUUCAAGUCGCUUCUCUGCAACCGACCUGCUCAGACUCGGAGGCGGCCUACAUUACUGUACAAGAAACGUUGCGAGCGAUCACUGCACCUCUGAAGACUUGCCCGUCUAGUUAUGCCAUCCCGCUCCUUUCUCCGCGCACUCCUUCCAGGAACUAAAAGGGGGAGGAGAGGAACGAGACGCCUCCAUCGAUCUAAUAUGGAGAAUCCUGGCAGUCCAACCCCCGCAGGGGCCCGCCUCCUUCUAGUGCCUGCCCGGGUGCUCUUUGGACUGGGCAGAUGCCGUCAGCAAAGCCGAAGUCGGCGCUCGAAAGUUUCGCUCCUCCUCACCAGAGCGCGAGGAGCGUAGGAGUUUUGCGACGAAUGAAGCGAAGCUCCAGGAUCCCCGGGAGACGGAGUGGCGCGCGCCAGGCUUAGGCAGUGUUAGAAUAUUUGGACCCAAAUUGACUACAUCUGAAAUAACAUAGGAAAUAAUGUCUUUCUUAAUCAAAGGUGCUCAAAAGCAUGGCAUUAUAUGUCAAACCCACAAAGAAUUAUUCAAAAGAUGUAUACCGAAGAGUUCAAAAGCUUUCAAAGGACAAACGAUGAGAUCUUCACAAGCAUCCUCUCCACUUAAUUCUAAAAAUAUGGACUCUUUCAGUUAUAUAAUAGUCGGAGCUGGGUCUGCAGGAUGCGUUUUAGCCAACCGAUUGACUGAAGAUCCUCACCACACUGUGAAGCUACUUGAAGCAGGUCCCAAAGAUACUGUUUUAGGUAGCAAACAAUUAUUGUGGAAGAUUCAUAUGCCUGCUGCUUUAACUUAUAAUCUCUGUGAUGAGAAAUACAACUGGUACUACCAUACAACACCCCAAAAACACAUGGAUAAUCGUAUCAUGUACUGGCCCAGAGGACGAGUCUGGGGUGGUUCCUCAUCCCUCAAUGCCAUGGUGUACAUUCGGGGCCAUGCAGAAGAUUAUAACAGGUGGAGUCAAGAAGGGGCUGUUGGAUGGGACUAUGAAUUCUGUUUGCCGUAUUUUAAGAGAGCACAAACUCAUGAGUUAGGGGCUGAUCUUUAUCGAGGAGGGGAUGGCCCACUUCAUGUGUCAAGGGGAAAAACAAAAAACCUUCUUCAUUGCACAUUCCUGGAUGCAGCUCAGCAAGCUGGGUACCCUUUCACAGAUGAUAUGAAUGGUUUUCAACAAGAAGGCUUUGGCUGGAUGGAUAUGACAAUAUAUAAAGGUAAAAGGUGGAGUACAGCUAGUGCAUACCUUCAUCCUGCUUUGUCACGUCCAAACCUGUCUGCAGAAGUCAGUACACUUGUUACAAAAGUUUUAUUUGAGGGGACCAAAGCAAUUGGUAUUGAGUAUAUUAAAAAUGGAGAAAAGAAAAAGGUUUUUGCUACUAAGGAAGUUAUUUUAAGUGGUGGUGCCAUAAAUUCUCCACAGUUACUUCUGCUAUCUGGAGUUGGAAAUGCAGAUGAUCUAAAAAAAUUAGGAAUCCCUAUUGUCUGCCAUCUUUCAGGGGUUGGCCAGAAUCUCCAAGAUCAUUUGGAAGUGUACAUACAGCAAAAGUGCACUCAACCUCUAACACUGUAUAAAUCACAAAAGCCUCUUCAAAUGAUCAAAAUUGGUCUUGAAUGGUUCUGGAAAUCCACAGGAGAUGGAGCCACUGCCCAUUUAGAGACUGGUGGAUUUAUAAGAAGUCGUCCAGGCAUUUCUCACCCUGAUAUCCAGUUCCAUUUCCUCCCUUCUCAGGUGAUUGACCAUGGGCGGGUUGCGUCACAGUUGGAAGCUUAUCAGGUCCAUAUUGGUCCUAUGCGAAGUACCAGUGUAGGAAAGCUGAAGCUGAAGAAUGCAGAUCCAGCUGAGCAUCCAAUCCUUGAGCCUAACUAUUUGUCAACAGAAAUGGAUGUCUGGGAGUUUCGCCAGUGUGUGAAAUUAGCUAGGGAGAUCUUUGCUCAGAAAGCAUUUGAAGAAUUCCGUGGACCUGAGAUUCAACCAGGGGAACAUAUUCAGUCUGACAAAGAAAUAGAUGCUUUCAUAAGACAAAAAGCUGAUAGUGCCUAUCAUCCUUCGUGUACUUGCAAAAUGGGACAGAGUUUUGAUUCUACUGCUGUGGUUGAUCCUGAGACCAAAGUUAUAGGCACAGAAAAUUUAAGAGUAGUUGAUGCCUCAAUAAUGCCCAGUAUUGUUAGCGGGAAUUUAAAUGCCCCAACCAUCAUGAUAGCAGAGAAGGCUGCUGAUCUUAUCUUGGGAUUGCCACCACUUCGAGAGAAAAAUGUUCCAGUAUAUAAACCUCAGACUCUGGAAACUCAGCGUUAACUUUUUGCUCUGCACUAGAAGUUUGCCUCCAUAGGAGAAUCUUGGCCUACUUUUUCUGUAAGAACAUGUAUAAAGAGUAGCACCACUUGAUAUGUUUUUCUAUAGCAUUAAAUCAAAAAUCUACUUUCAAUGUCAAGAAAAAGGAUGUAGAAUAGAAAUGAUGCUUUACUUCAGUUAGUAUUUGUUAAUAAUAGAUUACUAAAAACAUCUGAUUAACCACAUAAUUAUUAUAAAUAGACACUUGAUAGUAUGUGCAGUAAAUUUUUACCAUAAAACAGAAGUCAGAUUUUGCACAGUCCUACAAAACAGUGGAAGGAAAAAUAACAAAAAUAGAAUGUAGUUUAUGGCUUUUGAUUCUAUGUAAUAACAAAUAGAUGGGCUAAUACAUUUAAUAUUUUGCCUAUUUUCCACAUCCGGUCUAAAGGUAAAAGAGAAAAUAGCAACAUAUUUUUUCUAGUACACAAGGCAGCAUUUAAUCUCAGAAUGAAAUAAAAUUGUCAUAUUGACACCAUUCUGUAGCUGAAUUUUAUUCAGGAUAGUUUUCUUGGAUUAUUCUAAAUAACUGAAGCAGAAUUAUGUUCAGAUUAGACCUCUUUGACCUAUAUUCUGUAUCUUGUACAUUUGAGACAUUUUUUUCAAUUGGUCACUAAAGAAUAGAAAAGAAUGAAAGGCCUGCUGAAAUGACGCCGUGCUUUUAGUAGAAAUAAUCAUGAUUAAAUUAUGUUGCUUGUGCUUUGCAAAAUAUUUUAUUUCUGGAAUAUGCAAAUUUUAAUAUAAUUAUGUUUAGCCUCGGGGUUUUGUUUGUUGUUUUGCUCUCUUUCUAUAGGCACUGCUAUGAUUUAUUUUGUCUUACCUUAUUGUUUAAAUACAUUAAGAGAAUAAUAAAGGCAAUGCACUGAA